AUGGAGGCCCUCAAUUCUGCUGUUUUCACCCCCCUUUCUGUGCUUUCUGAUAGAACAAAAAACCCCACAAAAAUUCCAUGCAAAGUUUCCAACUUUUCCACUUCAACCAACAGAAAACACAACCUAAAAGAGUUUUUAUCAAAGGGUUUACAAAAGGGUCUAAUCCUUGCAGCAACUUCAGUUGUGAAUGUUAAUGUUAAUCAUGGUGAAUUUGCCAAAGCUUUAACAUAUGAAGAAGCAUUAGGACUAUCUCCAAGUGCUUCAAACUAUGGUGGUGACAUUGAUGUUAAUGGUUUUGUAGACAGUGUGGUAGGCUUUGCAACUGGUAACCCUGCAAUUCUAGCUGGUGGAGUAGCUAUUUUGGCAGUUCCAUUGGUUUUGUCUCAGAUUUUGAAGAAACCUAAGCCCUGGGGGGUUGAAUCAGCUAAAAAUGCUUAUGCUAAAUUGGGUGCUGAUGGGAAUGCUCAGUUGCUUGAUAUAAGAGGUUUGUCUGAGAUUAGGCAAAUUGGUGGCCCAAAUGUUGGGGGUUUGAAGAAGAAAUCGGUGUCCAUAGUUUAUAAAGGUGAUGAUAAGCCAGGGUUUUUGAAGAAGCUUUCUUUGAAAUUCAAGGACCCUGAGAAUACUACAUUGUUCAUUCUUGACAAAUUUGACGGGAACUCUGAACUGGUUGCAGAAUUAGUCACCCUUAAUGGAUUUAAGUCUGCUUAUGCAAUUAAGGAUGGCGCAGAAGGACCACGAGGAUGGGUGAAUAGCGGUCUUCCUUGGAUUGAACCAAAGAAAGCAUUGGGCUUUGAUUUUGGAAGUCUCACAGAUACUAUCAAUGAUGUAAUCGGAGAAUCUGAUGGCUUGGUUGUUACUCUUGGGAUUGCUGCAGCUACUGGAUUGGGUGCAUUAGCUUUUUCUGAGGUAGAAACAAUUCUCCAACUUGUAGGAUCUGCUGCAAUUGUUCAGUUUGCAAGCAAGAAGCUUCUUUUUGCCGAGGACCGGAAGAAAACACUUAAACAAGUUGACGAGUUCUUGAACACCAAAGUCGCUCCUCAGGAGCUUGUUGAUGAAAUAAAGGACAUUGGAAAGGCCCUUCUACCAACCUCCACCAUCAGCGAUAAGGCUCUUCCCGCACCAACAGAAACUGCUCCAGAGCUUGCUACAGCCAGUGCCACCGAACAGAAAGCAGAAGUUACUCCCGAUAUUGUCGAGACCGUACAGAAAUCAGAAGCUCCUCCUCCUGAGAUUAUCUCCGAGACCAAAGUAGAAGCAGCAGCAGAACCUGCUCCAGAAAUAAACUCAGUCCCCAAAACUGAAACUGUGGCAGAAUCAAUUCCGGCGCAACCUAAACCGCUUUCACCAUACCCAUAUUAUCCAGAUCUCAAACCUCCAACAUCUCCAUCUCCUACACAGCCCUAG